UCGACAAAUCAUGUUCUUGUCUUUAUUAAAAAGCUCCAGGGUGACUUUCUUUAUCGGUUACAGGCAUCAAUUGAGGGUCUCACUAAUUAUUUAAGCGAUGAGUUUGCAACAUUGUUGUUAUCUUUCUUGUAUCUGUUUAUUAACAAUUUGCCAAUAUCUUCCAAUUUCUCUGCAACUUGCUUGUGAUUUCCUUGCGAUUUGUUAUAAAUUUGUUAUAAAUUUGUUAUAAAUUCUUCUUGAGUUUCUUCUCUUCUCCUAGCUGUAUCGCAAUUUCUCACUGUCAAUUAUGAGUUCCUCUUUAGCAAAAGACAAUAAUGUCAACACUGAUAUUGUUACAUUAACAAGAUUCAUUUUGCAACAGCAAGCCGCCACUGCAAAACAAGCUACUGGUGAGCUUACUCUAUUGUUGAAUUCUUUGCAGUUUGCCUUCAAAUUCAUUGCUCACACCAUUAGAAGAGCUGAAUUGGUCAAUUUAAUCGGUUUGGCUGGUGCAUCCAAUUCCACUGGUGAUGAUCAAAAAAAAUUAGAUGUUAUUGGUGAUGAGAUUUUUAUCAACGCAAUGAAAGCAAGUGGUAACGUCAAGGUUUUAGUCUCUGAAGAACAGGAAGAUUUAAUCAUUUUUGAUGGUCCAGGAAAUUAUGCUGUUUGCUGUGAUCCUAUUGAUGGGUCUUCUAACAUUGACGCAGGUGUCUCCGUCGGUACCAUUUUCGGUGUCUAUAAAUUGUUGCCUGGUUCAAAGGGCUCAAUUAAAGAUGUUCUCAGACCUGGUACUGAAAUGGUUGCUGCCGGCUAUACAAUGUAUGGUGCUUCUGCUCAUUUGAUGUUAACCACUGGUAAUGGCGUUAAUGGCUUCACUUUAGAUACUCAAUUGGGUGAGUUUAUCUUGACCCACGCCAACUUGAAAAUACCUUCAUCAAGAACAAUAUAUUCCAUCAAUGAAGGUAAUGCUGCCUAUUGGCCACCUAUAAUUAAAAAAUUUAUUGAUUCUUUAAAACAAACUCAAAAGGAAACUGGUAAACCAUACUCUGCUCGUUAUAUUGGUUCAAUGGUUGCUGAUGUUCACAGAACGCUAUUAUAUGGUGGUUUAUUUGCUUAUCCCGUAAAGGGCAAAUCCGGUAAACUAAGAGUGCUAUAUGAAUGUUUCCCAAUGGCUUUAUUAUUAGAACAAGCCGGCGGUAAGGCUGUUAACGAUGAAGGUAAACGAAUAUUAGAUUUAUCUCCAAAAGAAAUCCAUGAGAGAAGUGGAAUUUGGUUAGGUAGUAAGGAUGAAGUUGAUAAAUUUUUAACUUUUACUGGUAAAGUUUAAAAAUUAUCAUUGUGAUUUCUUAUCAUUUUUAUCAUUUUUAUGACUAUUCAUCCACAGUUAUUCAUAAUUAUCCGUAACUAUCAAAUAUUUAUAUUAUAUUAUAUAUUUCUUCUU